GGCCUGCUCAGAGGCUAACAGCGUGCUGAAUUGAAACAAUUACCUAAAAACAUUGCCAGAAAUUAGAACAACGGGCGGGCGGAAGCUCUGAGCCCCCGUUUCCCCAAAGGCAACCUCUCAAGCCAUGCUUUUGUGGCUCUCCGUAUCUUAGGAAGUGUGCUGUUGAAGGAAAGAAGAAAGUCAUGCAUACGGAGAAAACUGGGUAGAAUUUGCUUGAAACAAAAAUCCAGAGGCAUUGACGCCGGGAAGCCCUUCCUCAAUCUGGACAGCAGGUGGCGCAAGUGACCAAGAUUUCUUCAACCACCGCCGAAGGAAGCCCCAAGCUUUUCGCGGUGGAGGCGGCGGACCGCCGGGACGGUGCCUGCCACACAGUAGGUGGUCAAAACCCGGCCGAGGGAAGGAACUGCAAUGGAACCUCUGCAGGCUUGAGUUUUCUCUUCUGAAUAACGAGAAUGACAGCUCCAACGGGACGCUUGGAGGUCAGGACGAACGAAAGGAACCUAAGAAGCUUGGAUGGGAAAGCCUCCUAUUAAUAGUGGUGCUGGCCAGAGUGCACGCAUCUGGACCCAACUUAAUUUUCAAAUGUGGACUCCUAGGCUUUCACUGGUUUCCGGAAGAAGUUGACUGCCCGAAAGGAAACUACAAAACAUGAAAAUCGCUUUGAGGUGACCAAUUAGCCCAGUGGCCCCUUGCUCCUCCCGAGGUGGAUCUGAGCUUUAAGAGCUGUAACUUCAGAUGAAGAAACUCGAGCCCGGGGAGAGGGAGUGAGCGCCCCGGUCACGUGGUCUGUGGGCAGUGCUCGGCCCUCUUCAACUUGGUUCAGACUUGGAGUUCCUUGCAAGCUGGCUGGGUGAGCUGUGUCAGUGCGAUAAACAAGUGCCGGACCCUCCACGAGACCACCCUGGCCACCACCACGUUAGAAGAGCACGUGCAAACAGAUGCACCUUUGUGCCUCCUUGUGCUAGGUCCAGACCGCCAAUGGCUGACCAGAGGAUGGACAUUUCUUCAACAAUCAGUGACUUCAUGUCCCCUGGCACCACCGACCUCCUCUCCAGCCCCCUGGGCCCCAGCGGCACAGAUUGCAACCGCAAGCGGAAAGGCAGCGCCACCGACUACCAAGAAAGCAUGGACACGGACAAAGAUGACCCUCACAGCAGGUUAGAAUACACAGAGCACCAAGGAAGGAUCAAAAAUGCAAGGGAAGCUCACAGCCAGAUUGAAAAGAGGCGUCGGGAUAAAAUGAACAGUUUCAUUGACGAAUUGGCGUCUUUGGUACCUACGUGCAAUGCCAUGUCCAGGAAAUUAGAUAAGCUCACUGUGCUAAGGAUGGCUGUUCAGCACAUGAAAACAUUGCGAGGUGCCACCAAUCCAUACACAGAAGCAAACUACAAACCAACUUUUCUGUCAGAUGAUGAAUUGAAACACCUCAUUCUCAGGGCAGCAGAUGGAUUUUUGUUUGUCGUAGGAUGUGACCGAGGGAAGAUACUCUUUGUCUCAGAGUCUGUCUUCAAGAUCCUCAACUACAGCCAGAAUGAUCUGAUCGGCCAGAGUUUGUUUGACUACCUGCACCCUAAAGAUAUCGCCAAAGUGAAGGAGCAGCUCUCCUCCUCGGACACGGCGCCCCGGGAGCGGCUCAUAGAUGCAAAAACUGGACUUCCAGUUAAAACAGAUAUAACCCCUGGGCCAUCUCGAUUAUGUUCUGGAGCACGGCGUUCUUUCUUCUGUAGGAUGAAGUGUAACAGGCCUUCGGUAAAGGUUGAAGAGAAGGAUUUCCCCUCUACCUGCUCAAAGAAAAAAGCAGAUCGAAAGAGCUUCUGCACCAUCCACAGCACAGGGUAUCUGAAGAGCUGGCCGCCCACAAAGAUGGGAUUGGACGAAGACAGUGAGCCAGACAACGAGGGCUGUAAUCUCAGCUGCCUUGUCGCAAUUGGACGACUACAUUCUCAUGUGGUUCCACAGCCGGUGAACGGGGAAAUCAGGGUGAAGUCUAUGGAAUAUGUGUCUCGACACGCAAUCGACGGGAAGUUUGUUUUUGUAGACCAGAGGGCAACAGCUAUUUUGGCAUAUUUACCACAAGAACUUCUAGGCACAUCAUGUUAUGAAUAUUUUCACCAAGAUGACAUAGGACAUCUCGCAGAAUGUCACAGGCAAGUUUUACAGACGAGAGAAAAGAUCACGACUAAUUGCUAUAAGUUUAAAAUCAAAGAUGGUUCUUUCAUCACACUGCGGAGUCGAUGGUUCAGUUUCAUGAACCCUUGGACCAAGGAAGUAGAGUACAUCGUUUCAACCAACACUGUUGUUUUAGCCAACGUCCUGGAAGGCGGGGACCCAACCUUCCCACAGCUCACAGCGUCCCCCCACAGCAUGGACAGCAUGCUGCCCUCUGGAGAAGGUGGCCCAAAGAGGACCCACCCCACUGUUCCAGGGAUCCCAGGGGGAACCAGGGCUGGGGCAGGCAAAAUAGGUCGAAUGAUUGCUGAAGAAAUCAUGGAGAUCCACAGGAUAAGAGGGUCAUCGCCUUCCAGUUGUGGCUCCAGCCCAUUAAAUAUCACAAGUACACCUCCCCCUGAUGCCUCUUCUCCAGGAGGCAAGAAGAUUUUAAAUGGAGGGACUCCAGACAUUCCUUCCAGUGGCCUACUACCAGGACAGGCUCAGGAAAACCCAGGGUAUCCAUAUUCUGAUAGUUCUUCUAUUCUUGGUGAGAACCCUCACAUAGGCAUAGACAUGAUAGAAAACGACCAAGGCUCAAGCAGUCCCAGCAAUGAUGAAGCAGCAAUGGCCGUCAUAAUGAGUCUCCUGGAAGCCGAUGCUGGGCUGGGAGGUCCUGUUGACUUUAGUGACUUGCCUUGGCCGCUGUAAACAACACUACAGGUUGCUUUGGCAACAGCUACAGUAUCAAAGUGCAUUACUGGUGGAGUUUUACAGUCUGUGAAGCUUACUGGAUAAGGAGAGAACAGCUUUUAUGUACUGUCCUCAUAAAAGCCACUUCAGAGCCAUUGAUACAAGUCAAUCUUACUAUGUGUAACUCAGACAAAGUGGAACUAAGCCUGCUCCAGUGUUUCCUCAUCAUUGAUUAUUGGGCUAGCUGUGGAUAGCUUGCAUUAAUUGUAUAUUUUGGAUUCUGUUUGUGUUGAAUUUUUUUAAUCAUCGUGCACAGAAGCAUCAUUGGUAGCUUUUAUAUGCAAAUGGUCAUUUCAGAUGUAUGGUGUUUUUACACUACAAAGUCCCCCAUGUGGAUAUUUCUUAUACUAAUUGUAUCAUAAAGCCGUUUAUUCUUCCUUGUAAGAAUCCUUUACUAUAAAUAUGGGUUAAAGUAUAAUGUAUUAGACAGUUCAAUAUUUUUAAUAAAUGUUUCCCUUGUUCUAUAAA